AUGAGUUUCCAGUGUAUGCGUUGGGGACUGUCCAUAAAUUACUCCAUUAAAUAUCGCAAUCAGCUGCAAACGCUCCAAUCACUGUAUCAGAACGAAUGUAAAAACCACGAACAGGCUCGGAACGAAAUCCGGCAGCUCAAGCAGAAGGUCGAUACCCUGAAGACCAAUCUACUGGACGAGAAGAGAGCGCAUCUGGACAAGGUGUCCAAACUGGAAGAAUCGAUCCUAAUCAAAGACAAGCUCCAAUCGCAGUUGACUCAUGUCGAGGAGGAAUUGGCCACGGCAAUCGUCAACGGGCACGGCCUGGAGUACCGGCUGAAGCAGCAGGAAGAAAGCUGUCUCCAAUUGACGUCAGAGAAGAGGGAACUUCUGAAACAGAUUGAUAAUUUGGAGGACAAUUUCAAGAACUUUACGCUUGAUUACGAAAACUCGCUGACAACUCAAACAAAGGCCAACAAAGUUUAUGAAGCCCGAUUGGAACAUUACCAGAUGAAACUGGACGAAGCCAAUAGCCAAAUCGAAUCGCAUGAAACCGACUGUCAACUUCUAAAGGAAUGGAAUGUUCGUUUGGCCAACGAGCUGGCGCAGGUAAAGGGAGCUUACCAGGGCACGUAUACUUUUCGGAUGCGACGGUUUUUGGGCACUCUACCAAGGAGACCCGGAUUUUAUGUGCAAUACUUUCUCUAUCUGUUUGUCCGAGAUGCGCCUUUACCCCGGAGGCCGAGCUAUGAGAAACGAGAGUUUGGACGAAUGAUUGCUGCCUAUCCGUAUGCUGGUGGAUUGUAGGAAGUGUGUUCCGUGUGUUAAUUGAUUAUUUUAUUUUCUUGCGUUUUUGAGAAUAGAAUAUUAUAUUUGUAGGAUAUGAAACCAAA